CACCGCUGGGCUUGCUACGCUGGGCUACUGCAGCUGCCACCACUGCUCCCUUGCACGCAGCGCAGCGGAUGGAGUCAUGGAGCUCAGACUACUCUGCUUCGCCGCCUGCUGUCUCCUGGCGGUCUGCUUCCUGCAGGGGUUGCCCUGCCCCAGCCAGUGCCUGUGCCUUAAGAGCACCGUUGGCUGCAUGUACUUGAUGCUGGACCACGUUCCUCAGGCACCACAGCCGACCACAGUCCUAGACUUGCAAUUCAACAGACUAAGGGAGAUUCCAGCUGCUGCCUUCAAGAAACUCAAGAAUUUGAAGACCCUUCUCUUGAACAACAAUCAAAUUAGAAAGAUUGCCAGAAAUGCUUUUGAAGCACUUGAAAACCUGCUGUAUCUGUACCUUUACAAGAAUGAAAUUUAUGUACUAGAUAGACAAGCAUUUAAAGGCCUCAUAUUGUUGGAACAGCUGUAUAUUCAUUUCAACAAUCUAGAAGCACUACAUCCAGAGGCCUUUGAAGACCUUCCGAAAUCACAGCCACUGCGUCUGCACUCCAACGCUCUCGUUUGUGACUGCGAUGUGCUACGGCUGAGGGAACUACUGCAAGGUUAUGCUCAACUUGGCCAGUCGCAGGCGAGUGCCACCUGUGAACAUCCAGCAAGACUCCAGGGGCGCUCGGUUGCCUCCACCGUGGAGGAGUUCAGCUGUGAAUGGAUAAAUCUUUUUUUUUUUUAAUGUACUGUAUAUGUCUUAACUCAUGUCCUGGCUUUCUUCACGUGCCGAGCAGAAGGAAUUCCCAAACCUAGGAUUUCCUGGAUACAUAACAAUCACUCCUUGGAGCUGGAAUAUGACACUCAGCUUAACAUGUUCGAUGAUGGGACACUCAUGAUGCGAAAUGCCCAAGAGUCAGACCAAGGAGUAUAUAGUGUAAAUCAGUGUAUGGCUAGAAACUCGGCCGGUGAGGCCCAGAGCCACAGUGCUGUGCUCCAAUAUUCCAGCCUUCCAGCCAAACCAAGUUUUCUAAUGGCCACAGGCCAACCACAUCCUCAUGUAACAUGGACCAGAGCUGAAGGACAGGAUCUGGAUGGAUCCAGGCACAUAGUAACAUCUGGGGGACUUCACCUACCGAACAUCGUACUACAAGAUCAGGGUCCACUCACCUGCCAUGCCAGCAAUAACCAAGGCUCUGUUCAAGCCACAGCAAACAUAAUUGUACAAGCUCCUCCACAAUUCACAAUAAUCCCCAAGGAUCAAGUUGUGCUAGAAGAUCAUGCUGUGGAAUUUCUUUGUGAAGCAGAACAAAGUCCAAAUCCAGUAAUUGUCUGGACAAAAGGAGGGGGGCAACUCUCCUUUGCAGGCCGAGGUACCAUUCUCUCCUCUGGAACUUUGAGAAUUGACCAUGCAGUACAGCAUGGCCAAAGCCAAUAUGAAUGUCAAGCAAUCAAUCCACUGCCGGUGAAAAAAGUGUCUGUCUGGCUGACCAUAAUGCCCAAAGAUCUCCCAGUGUUUGCUCAGAUUCCUCAGGACACAAUUAUUGAGGCUGGAAAAAACAUAAACAUCUCCUGUCAUGCUCUCGGAGAGCUGCAGCCCAUAAUUACAUGGAACAAGGCAGGUGUACAGAUCACAGAGAGUGGUAAGUUCCAUGUUGACAGUGGAGGCACACUCACCGUUUAUGAUGUGGGACAAGCUGACCAAGGAAGGCAGGAAUCUGUGGCUCAGAAUUCAUUUGGUCUUGUUGCAGCCAGUAUGUCUCUUAGAGUCUCUGCAACACAGGGUAAACAAGCUGGCGAUGACUUUGUGGAAUCAUCUAUUCUUGAUGCUGUACAGAGGGUCGACGGUGCAAUUAAUUCUACAAGAAAAUAUUUAUUCAUGUCUAUUGUCAUUUGCAGAAAACCUCACACCGCUAGUGACCUACUGAUCCAGUUUCGGUAUCCACGUGACCCGUAUAACGUGGAGAUGGUGAGAGCAGGGGAAAUUUUUGAGCAGAUGCUGUAGCUGAUCCAGGACCAUGUGAGGCAAGGGCUCAGUGUGGAUCUGGAAGGCAGAGAAUUCUGCUGCAAUGACCUGGUGUCCCCGUACUACCCCAACCUCAUCGCCAGUCUAUCAGGAUGCACAGCCCACAGGCGUCGACCCAAUUGCUCUGACACGUGCUUCCACCUCAAGUACCGAACUGCAGACCGCACAUGCAACAACUUUUGGAGGCCUGAGUGGGGUGCAGCGCACAGCCUUCGUGCUGCUGCAUAUGAGAAUGGUCUGGACUCACUGCGUGGUGCUGGGGGCCACCGGAGCUCAGGCCGCUGUCCACUCCCGCCGGCCAGUCUGGUGUCCACCGAGCUGGCAGGCACACUGACCGUAAGCCUCAACAACAGGUACACGCAUAUGUUCACGCAGUCAGGCCAGUUUCUAGACCACGAUUUGGACCAUGCUGUGCCAGCACUGAGCACCUCGCGCUUCUCCCACGGGAAACCUCCGUGCCUCCCUAUUGCCUUUCCAAAAGACAAUCCUAGGGCUGAUCGAGUAGCCUGCAUGUUCUUUUUGCGCUCCAGCCCAGCAUGUGGCAGCGGCAUGCCCCUGAUGAUGAACUCAUUGUAUGCCCGGGACCAGAUCAACCAGCUUACAGCCUACAUAGACGCUUCUAACAUCUACGGGAGCUUGGAACAGGAAUCCCAACUUCUCAGAGACCACUCCAGGCCUGGGGGACUGCUGAGAAUUGGCCUACGGUGGGUUCCCUCUGGAAAGCACCUGCUCCCUUUUGCCACGGUCCCGAUAGAGUGCACCACCGGUGAUCAGGACCAAAUCAGCCUCUGCUUCCUGGCUGGCGACUACCGCGCCAACCAGCAACUGGCGCUUACAGCGAUGCACACCCUUGGGCUCCGUGACCACAACCGGGUGGCCAUGGAGCUGUCUAUGCUUAACCUGCACUGGAAUGGGGACGCUGUGUACCAAGAGGCCAGGAAGGUAGUGGGCGCUGAGCUGCAACACAUUACCUAUCAGCACUGGCUGCCCACGGUCCUGGGGUACCCUGGCAUGCGACUGCUACGGAAGUACCGUGGUUAUGACCCCAACGUGAACGCAGGCAUCUUCAAUGCCUUUGCCACAGCAGCCUUUUGGUUUGGCCACACGUUGAUCAACCCCCUUCUGUUUCGGCUAAACGACACAUUUGGAGAGAUUCCCAAAGGCCACUUGCCACUGCACAUAGCGUUCUUCACUCCUUCCCGAAUCCUAAAGGAGGGUAGGAUCGACCCCCUGCUCCGAGGCCUGUUCGGGGCCUCUGCGAAGGCCCGGGAGCCCUCUAGGUCGCUCAGCCUGGAGCUCACCGAGAGGCUCUUUGCUGCUGAGCACGCUGUGGCCCUGGAUCUGGCUGCCACCAACAUCCAAAGGGGCCGUGACCAUGGCAUCCCACCCUAUGGUGAUUUCAGAGUUUUCUGCGACUUGACUUCUGUGGAGACUUUUCAGGAUCUUCAGUAUGAAAUUAAAGACCCAGAGAUUCGACGGAAACUGAAAAAGUUAUAUAGCAGUCCAGGUGACAUUGACCUGUGGCCAGCCGUGAUGGUGGAAGACGUGAUCCCUGGCACAAGAGAGGGACCAACACUCAUGUGCCUGUUGGUCAUCCAGUUUCAACAGCUAAGAGAUGGAGAUAGGUUCUGGUAUGAAAAUCCUGGUGUGUUCACCUCUGCUCAACUCACACAGCUAAAGCAGGUGUCCCUGGGACGUGUGCUUUGUGAUGCUGGUGAUGCCAUCCAGCAAGUCCAGGCAGAUGUCUUUGUCAAAGCAGAAUACCCACAGGGUUACCUGAGCUGCAGUGACAUCCUGAAGAUGGAUUUGCGAGUGUAGCAAGAAUGCUGUGAAGACUGCAGGGAUAGGGGAGAGCCUGGAUCAUUCACUGCAGAAUCUCAAAACAUAUCCUCCACUCAAUACACUUAUCCUGGGAAGAGACAAGCAGACUUAAGUGAUCUAAUCAACAGGCAAACAGAUAACUUGUCUGUGGAUGGAGACACUACAAAUGUGACACUUAGGGGAAAAACAAAUUUUGCUCAGGAUUUCAGUCGCUUUGCAGUGGAAAUUUAAAAUACCAUCACAGAACGUAAAGAUCAGGUAAACAAGCUGGAGGUGCGCCUGAGGCUGGUAGGAUGUAUAGACAAUAAAGGGAUUCAAAGGAAGGACCAAGAACGCUGGAAGAGAGAAGACUGCAUUAGCUGCGCCUGUGAGAGUAGCCAAGUGACACGUGUGGUGCAAAUGUGUCCCCCAGCUCAGUGCCCCAAUCCAGAGCUGGUGAAAGGAGCCUGUUGUCCAGUUUGUAAGAGAAAGCAAGGAAUGUGUGCUGAUGCCCCAUAGAAACGCUGA